AUGUCAUUUGCGCUAAGAUUCGGUGCAUCUGCAUUAAAUCAACCACUGAUAUGGAGCACGCUUCCCAGAAUUCCUCAAAUUACCAUACGUUUAGGUCUUCUUGGCCCAUCAUCCAAACCAUCCUCCUCCUGCCCUCACGACCAUGAACACCAACACCAACAUCAAGAUCGUCGUUUAUCCGAGCUACAAGAACAGCUCGAGUCAGACACAACUGGAGAACCUCCAUUUAUGAUUGACAAUGGAACGAUUUUACGAGCAGCACCCAAGAAGAAAAUGUCAUAUCGAAGAAAAAGAGUUAAAUUGUAUACACCUGGUAAUAAGCAAAUCCAACCUUUGAAUAAUAUAGUCAGAUGCCCCGCAUGUGGUGCUGUGAAGAGAUCUCAUUUUAUGUGUAUGAAUUGUUUUACUGAAAUUAGAUCAUUUUUGAAAAAAUUGAAACGUCAAGAUGGGGUAAUUAAAGAUGUCAAUAAAAACCCACAACUGGAUUUAGAUCCUAUUGAUGAAAGAGUCAUAUAUCCUGGUAAACGUGAAAGUGAUUACGAAAGAGAAUUGAAAAAGAAGGAAUGGAUACCUCAAAGAGAAGAGGCUUUACUAUUUGACAAGAAUCAUAUAGUUCAUAAAAAGAAGUAA